AUGGGCCUCUUGAACAAGGAGCCAGCCUCGACUGGCUCAGAUCCAGCAGAACAUGUUACCUCCGGGGCCACUACCGUUGUUCCCAGCCAAAACGUUUCGAAUGUCGACUUAGAGAAAGAGCUGCCGGUGGAAACGACGGUAGCAGAAAAGUCCCACACUUCUUCGCAGAAACGCAUGGACGCAGAGAAGCGGCAAACGGUGACAGGAAGUGCCUCAUCCACUGGGGAUGUCGAGCUACAAAACGAAAAGGCGCACGAAGACGGAGAGCCCCCAUUCGGCGACGAGGAAGCCGUAUACCCUGCUGGCUUGAAACUCGCAUUGAUCACACUUGCACUGUGCUUGUCUGUGUUCCUGGUUGCAUUGGACAAUACCAUCAUUGCGACCGCCAUCCCCAAGAUCACGGACCAUUUCAGAUCUCUCGGAGAUGUGGGCUGGUAUGGUUCCGCAUACCUCCUAACAACUUGUGCGCUGCAGUUAUUCUUUGGAAAGAUGUAUACCUUUUUCUCGAUUAAAUACGUCUAUCUGACUGCCAUUGUCAUCUUCGAAGUCGGCUCUGCCGUCUGUGGUGCCGCCCCGACGUCGAAUGCGCUUAUCGUUGGUCGCGCCAUUGCAGGUAUCGGAUCUGCUGGUAUUUUCUCUGGUGCUUUGGUCAUUAUUGCAUAUACCGUUCCUCUUGUGAAGCGCCCAAUCUAUACUGGUGUUAUCGGUGCCAUGUAUGGUAUUGCCUCAAUUGCUGGACCUCUCCUGGGUGGAGCUUUCACCGACGGUCCUGGAUGGAGAUGGUGCUUCUACAUCAACCUACCACUCGGCGCUGUCACGCUGAUUGUGAUCUUCUUCUUCUUCCAGUCCCCCCACAGAAAGGCCGAGGCAGCGGUCUCGUGGAAGGAGAGAGUCAAUCAACUUGACCUUGGCGGUACAGCUGUCUUCAUUGUCGACAUUGUCGUCUGCUUGCUCGCUUUGCAGUGGGGCGGAUCGACGUACCCAUGGUCAAAUUGGCGCAUUAUCUUAUGCUUGGUUCUUUUUGGAAUUCUCACCAUCGUCUUCAUCGCAAUCCAGUUCUUCAUGAAGGACAACGCCACUGUGCCGUUCGGGCUCAUUUCUCAACGCAGUGUUGCGGCCGCGAGUUGGUUCGCAUUCACUUUGGGCGCCGCGUUCUUCUUGCUGAUCUACUGGGUCCCAAUUUGGUUCCAGGCCAUUAAAGGGGCUUCGGCAUUCAAGUCGGGCAUUGACAGUCUACCCAUGGUCCUGGCGUUGGUCAUUGCCACUUUCAUCAGUGGUGCACUCACCACCGUGGUUGGAUACUACUGGCCCUUCUAUUGGUUGAGCGCCAUCUUUUCGGCCAUCGGUGCUGGUCUCUUGACAACCUUCGACGUCAACACUGGCCACGAGAAGUGGAUUGGUUACCAGGUCAUCUACGGCCUCGGCGUGGGCUUCGGUAUGCAGCAGGCCCUCAUGACCGUCCAGGCCGUUCUCCCACUCGACAAAGUCCCUACUGCAACCGCGCUCGUCAUGUUCAUGCAGACAUUCGGCGGCGCUUUAUUCGUCUCAGUUGCGCAGAACGUCUUCAACAACCGGCUCAUCGCUGAGCUUCCGAAAUAUGCACCCGGCGUGAACCCGCAGAUUGUGGUGCACACUGGUGCUACAUCGCUCAAAGAUCAGAUCCCUGCUCGACUUCUGGAAGGUGUGCAGCAUGCGUACAAUAUUUCACUAACCAACACGUGGUACAUCUCUGUUGCCAUGGCGGCUUUGUCCAUUCUCGGCGCAGUGUUUGUUGAAUGGAAGAGCGUCAAGGGUAUGAAGCCAGGUGCGGUAGCCGCCUAG